UUUAGAAUUUUUUAAUUAUGCUUAAUUUCAGUAUCAAACUUUAAAAAAUUAUCACUAAAUUGCAAAAUCAGUUAUGAUUCAAUGAUCUUGCGUAGAAAAACUGGAUCCUUUUUUAUCUCAUUUUCCCUGUUUCUCUCACCUCUUUUUUUCACAAAUGUUUCAUUAGCGAAAGUCUCGAGAAACGAAUCCAGAAAUGUAAAGCCAAAAGAAGAAAAUUGGAAAUCCCCCCACAAAGAGGCGGAGUCUAAAAGGAUAAAACUUGAAAUUCUGGAUAUGAAAGCUUAUAAGGACAAUAUCUAAGAUGUCCAGGUGCCUUGGAUUCUUGGAUUUUUUCUCCAAAACCAACAAAAAAAAAGUCUGACAAAAUGCAAAGCUUUCUUCAAAUUUUCCUAAUUUUCUCCGUAAUUUCAACGGUUUCGUGCACAUUUUUCAAUGGAGGAUGUGGAUGUCAACCUCCACCAAUUUGCCUUCCACCUCCACCACCAAUGUGUUUCACUGAAAUUCAAUUGCCGCCAAUUCGGAUUCCAAUAAUCCCGUUGCCACGUAUCGAACUUCCACAGCCGUGUUGCCCAACUUGUGCGUGCGGUGGAAGAAAGAAGAGAGAAAUCGACGCAGGUGUCCAAGAGGAAGAAUCAGUUAGUACCAAGGAUGUCUCUUGCAAUGAUGACUCUCUUUUGGCAAUCAUGAAAAAGGAAAUGACAACCGGAGAGUCUUCAGCUGUCAAGAUUGCACUAGUUGAGGCUGCCGAGCAAGAGCUGGGCGGUAGAUUCACUGUAGUUUGUAGUCAAGGUGCAUUCUCAUUUGUCACUUCUACAACAAGUUACUGCCUUCACUCACAAGCUGGUCUCAACUGCUAUCUCUUCAAAACUCAGUAAAUUUUGAGUUUUUUUUUAAAUUGUUUAAUUAAUAUUAUUAUUAGUUUGUUUAAUAAUAUAUGUAUGCAUCUUUAUAAUAAAUAUUAUUAUUCUUGAA